AUGUCCAAGUUCUGCCGCUGCUACAAGGCGUGCUACGCCGAGUGCCGGAAGGACACCGGCGUUUACCCCUGCAACGUCAGCUGCCUCGAGGACUGCAUCAAACGGCCAGCCGCCGCCGACCAGCAGCUGCCGACGACGGCGCGCGCGCGUCGUCGUCCGACGUCCGCCGCCGACUGCAAUCGCAUCUGCCAAAGCAAAAGCAUCUGCGGCGUCAUGAGCACCGCCUCCACGGCGGUGACCGCAGGUGAUGCUGAGGCGUGCCUGGUUGACUGCCGCAACAGCAUCGGACACUCCGCUCCCUUGAAACUGAAUGACGCUGCCAACUGA